UGCGUGGUUUGGUAAUUCAGCAUUUAGAACGGCGUCUUCACUUCUCAGGCCUGGAGCCACCACACCAAGACUCAGCAAUCCAACAUGUCUUGGCUAAUCGGCCAUGCCAAGACAACAUACACCCAUCACAACUCCUCCAUAACCCUCACCACAAAAUCCGGUUCCAAAACCUCUCUUUCAUCCCUCUCUAAAGCAGUGAUCCCUCCCUGUAGAUUAAAUCCCCUACUCUUCAACGGCCACCUCCAGACAGUCUGGACUGCCGUCAAAGACGCCGGGCCCACGAUCUACUAUAAACGCCAUAUCUUCCAAUCCACGCACUCUGUCUAUCCCGGACAAUUCGGCAUCGACAUUGUUGUCCGCGAAUCUAGCCCUGAGGAUCCGGAGCUUCCGGAACGGACUACGUAUUUUGAAGAUGGGGAGUUAGAAAUGAUUCGUUCUGAGGAUGAGAAGCCGAUGGUUAUUUGCUUGCACGGGCUAACCGGAGGAUCUCAUGAAGUUUAUUUAAGACAGGUUGUAGCGCCCCUUCAAGAUGCGGGUUGGGAGGCUUGCGUGGUGAAUUCAAGGGGGUGUGCUGGGGUCAAGAUCACGAGUCCCCAGCUGUACAACGCGAGAUCAACGUGGGAUAUUCGGCAGGCGGUGGGCUGGCUGAGAGAGACAUUUCCGAAUCGCCCGUUGUAUGCUGUUGGCUUUUCGCUAGGGGCGAAUGUGCUGACGAAUUAUGUUGGUGAAGAGGGCGCAAGCUGCGAGCUCAAAGCUGCAGUUGUGUGUUCGAAUCCCUGGAAUUUAGAGGUAUGCCAUCAUGCACUGAGUAGGACGUAUUUAGGGCGGGAGGUUUAUUCGAGGACAUUGUGCAAAAACUUGCAGAAGCUAUACGACAUGCACAAGGAGGAGAUAUUGAAGAAUCCGAAAAUCGACCGGGAGAAGGUUAGAGCAUGCAGGUAUCUGUAUGAAUUCGACAGGCAUGUACAGGCUCCCACAUGGGGUUAUCCUACUGAAGGAGCAUAUUAUCGGGAUGCUCAGUCCUGCGAUGCAGUGACCGCCAUUAAGAUUCCUUUCCUCGGGAUCAAUGCUGAAGAUGACCCAGUCUCUUCCAUUGAGGCAAUCCCGUACGAAGAGUUCAAGCAGAACCCUUACACCGUACUCUGCACCACCAACUGGGGCGGGCAUUUGAGUUGGUUCCAAUUGGGUGGAGAGAGGUGGUUCGCGAGUGCGGUAGCAGAAUUUUUGAAGAAGAUGCAGGACAUCGACCUGGCCGCACCAAGAGAAAGUAGAGAGACCAAUGGAAGUGUUGUACCGGCCAACAAGUAUCCGAUUUUCGACCCGUCCCAUAGGCGGCUAAUUCUUCCGUUAUGAUCAAAGGUGGAGGAGUUCUG